GAGUGCGAGAUGAAAUGGAAUCACAAAUAUAUCAACACUCAAUGGCAACAUUCCACCCCCAGGAUUACAUUCCAAAUCACAGUCUUUCCGGGUACUGGGCUGGACACAUUUUGGCUCAUGAUUCUAAGGGAUUCUACUCAGUUCAAGGCCUUAUACAAAUAUUUAUCAUGGACAUCGAUUCAGACAGGAAGAUUACUGGAGUUGCAGAAGCAUACCGCGGGCUCAUGAAUGUUUCUGGAAGCAUUUCAUUGGAUAAUAAGCUAACCUUAAUUUUGACCUUUGAAAACUGGGAAGCUACUUUCACUUGUGAAGGGCAGUAUGAUCCGAAAUUGGAGACCCUUAGUGGUAAAGCCAGUUCUACUGAUGAAGAAACGGAGAACAGUGAUGGAAAUGACAACGGAAGGGAACAGGAAAAUAGCGAUGCAAGCAGGAGAUAGAGCCAGUGGAGAGACAAACACUUUCUUUUUCACCAGAACUCCCGCAUUCGCAUGGCGCUUCCACUCUGUUCUUGAUCAGAGGAGCAACAGUGCUCGAGAGCGCUGGGUAUUUGCGAUUGGAGCUGUUUUGGAUCAAGUACAAAGAACACAAUACUCCUGGAAUUACUUGAAGAGCCGGAAUAUCGAGAGGAGGCGCUUUCUUGCUUUGGUACUACGCCGAGAAGUGGCUCAGAGCCUCAGCCCUGCAAAUCCGCUGAAAAAAGACGAGAGGCUGGAAUUCCGUCUUUUGAUUGCAAAGCUGCACCCUACAGAUGCUCGAUUCUACUACUCUCUAAUACCAUCAUUGGCAAAUGUUGAGUUUAUCACUCACAGGGGUAUUGAAUGUGAUGGUUGUCAUAGAGGGAUCAUUGAAAGGAGGUUCAUCUGCCUUACAUGCAUUGAGCCCAAUUUUUCGAACACUUUGGACCUAUGUUCGGGGUGCAGAGAUAAAGCAGUCAGGAGAGAUUCAUUUUCUCAUACCUUGACUCAUGCAAUGCUCAAGGUGGAUAGUGUGAUCCACGACGGAGAGCUAGCUUGGGCGAUACCUAAAGCUCAGAGCAUUGCUGCACGAAUCAGGGAGCUUCUCUGGUCCAAGUAUAAUCAAACCCUGCCCGAGGGAUCAAGCUCAAGAGUGGAAAAAAUUAAACGAGCAGAAACGCAUUGUUGUUGUUGUUCAAAAGAAGUGAACGCUCCAUGCUGGAUUUGCUCUUUCGAACACAGCGCGGGACACAUAUAUCUGCGAUACUUGUGAGACUGCAAUGAACCCGGUGGAUCCGAAAGGCCCGGGCAAAUUGCACAAGCACAAACACCAUUUGAUUCGCAUUCCUUGGAAGAGAAGCUCGCAGCCGUGGAAGUUCGACUUGAAACAUUC